UCUCCUGUCUCAUAGUUCUCCACUGAGCUUCCCAACUGAAAUAAUAACCCGCCGAUUAUGGUUAAAACGUGGUGUCAGCCGCGAUAUGAUUGAAAAAAUGAGCCCUGUCGCGGCAUAAUGGAAACUCCCGACUCCUGUUCGGAAAUACAUAAAGGCAAGGAGUGAAAGAGAUUUCGAUCAGGGCUCUCUGGCUUAAAUUAAUCACUCACUGUUUAAUGGAUCUUUGAGGCUUGUGCUUGACGCAGUGAGGAGCUGCGUUUCUUGUAUUCCGAGACCAACAGGACCCUGGAUUUUUCAUCAGAAACCUGCUGCCUCCUUGAAAAUGUCUUGGGGUUCAUGGUGACAUAGGGUUCCAGUUUUUGAUCGGGAAAGGCUAGAGGGAUUCUGCUCCGCUGUUGUAAGCAGAGGACCAGAAGAAGGAUCCAUGAGGACUGGACUGAUGCUACUGGAGGAUCCCAGAGAUGCUUUUACUUAUCGGAGACAUUAACCCAGAUAGCAGAGGGAGUUCCUCUGAGCCCAUGAAUGUGACACAGCAAGAAGGACAGAGGAAGAAACAAUAGGAUGAGACCGAUCAACGAUGUUAUCCCUGGGGAAAUAAGCACAAGACAAUCUGAGGUGGUGAAAUACUGAAUCUCAGCGAACCAUCUCUAGAACUUCAUUCCAGGCUAAAGUCAUUGGAUGGAUGCUGGUCUAAAUGCACAUGCCCAACACCUUUUUGUAAAUGGCUGGAACAUUGGGACCGAAUUAUCCUUCCCUGGACACAAGGCCAAUAUAUUGAUUGUCCUCGCGGAGGAGAACACUUGAAAGUCCAGCUAGAUUACAAAGAGUUCAGUUCCGCAUCUUUAGAAACCACAGUGGUGUUCCCGUCUUAGAGCUUUUGGGCACUGCCCAUGACAUCAAGAGGAGCACCAAUGGCCUGCGGUGGAGCUAUGGUAAUGAGUGCCUUUUUCUGGUCUGUGGCUAUAGUAUAUUUGACCCAUAUAGGCAGAGUCAAUGGGGAUUGCUGGCUCAUCGAAGGCGAGAAGGGUUUUGUGUGGCUGGCCAUCUGCAGCCAAAACCAGCCUCCAUACGAGGCAAUCCCCACGCAUAUCAACAGCACCAUUGUGGACCUUCGGCUCAAUGAAAACAAGAUCAAAAGUAUCCAUUUCUCUGCCCUCAGCCGCUUCGCCAACCUGACCUACCUAAACCUGACCAAGAAUGAGAUCAACUACAUAGAUGACGGGGCCUUUUCUGCCCAGUUCAACUUACAGGUCCUUCAGUUAGGCUUCAACAAACUCCGUAACCUUACUGAGGGCAUCCUCAGGGGUUUGGGCAAGCUGCAGUACCUCUACCUCCAGGCAAAUCUGAUUGAGACUGUGACACCCAAUGCCUUUUUGGAGUGCUAUAGCCUGGAAAACAUCGACCUCUCCAUGAACCGUAUCCAGCAACUAGAUGGGACCACGUUUACCAGCCUGACUAAACUGACUACCUGUGAGCUUUACACCAACCCUUUCAACUGUUCCUGUGAACUACUUGGCUUUGUGAAGUGGCUCUCUGCAUUCCCCAACAGGACAAAUGAACGGAUGGUCUGUGACUCCCCAUCAGGUGUCUCUGGCUACAGUCUGCUCAGCCAGAACCCUAACAAUCCGACUUUUCGGAAUGCCCUCCAUAUGCUCUCCACUGUGUGUACAGACGACUAUGUGACGCCGUACAUACCUGUGCCUCCUGAGACCACCACCCUCCCACCAGACUACACUCCCUGUGGGCUGGAGGACUGUCCCUCCGGAACUGAGCCAGAUGAGAGUAUGAGUAUCAACCCAACGGUGAUUAAUGUGGAUAUAAAACCCAGUAUGAAGCUCAAGCAAGUCUCUAAAACAAGCGCCACCAUCACUGUUCAGAUCCCCCAUCCCUUCAAGAAGAUGUACAGCCUGGUUCUCUACAAUAACAGUUUUUUCACUGAUAUUCAAAACCUCAAAAUUCAGAAUGAGGACAUUGAACUUAAAAACCUGAAACCCCAUACUGAAUACACGUACUGUGUCGCUUCUAUAAAGAAUAAUCUUAGAUUCAAUCACACUUGUCUGGCAGUCUCCACAGGACCCUGGAAUGGGAAAGAGAGAUCACAAAACCAUGCAACAGCUACCCACUACAUUAUGACCAUCCUAGGUUGUCUCUUUAGUAUGGUGAUUGUCCUAGGGGUGGUCUACUAUUGCUUGCGUAAAAAACGUCAGCAAGAUGAAAAGCACAAAAAGGCAGGCAGCCUAAAGAAAAGUAUAAUUGAACUCAAAUAUGGACAAGAGCUCGAAGGGGGAACCAUUUCCAGGAUGUCACAGAAGCAAAUGAUGGGUGGGGAGAGUAUGUCCCGCAUGCCAUACCUACCAUCUGGUAGUGAAAUGGAGCAGUACAAACUGCAGGAGAUAAGAGAUGACACGCCUAAAAUGGCCAAGGGAAGUUACAUAGAGGUGCGAGGAACCGGGGACCACCAUGAACGCAGAGAGUGUGAGAUGUCCAUGCCUGGGAUGUCCAUGCCUGGGAACAGCCAAGGGUCAGUGGCCGAGAUUUCAACCAUUGCAAAGGAGGUGGAUAAGGUCAAUCAGAUCAUUAACAACUGCAUCGAUGCUCUGAAGUCAGAAUCCACAUCUUUUCAAGGGGUGAAAUCAGGAGCUGUGUCCACCCAGGAGCCCCAGCUGGUCCUAAUAUCAGAGCAGCCGCAGAGCAAGUCUAGCUUCCUGUCCCCGGUGUAUAAGGACAGCUACCACCACUCGUUACAGAGGCACCACACCUCGGAUGUCCCGCCAAAGCGGCCCAGCACUGCCACUGGAGGUCCAAUGCGGAGCCCAAGGCCUUACCGCUCAGAGUCCAAGUACAUAGAGAAGACCUCGCCAACGGGUGAGACCAUCCUCACUGUAACGCCUGCCGCUGCCAUCCUUAGGGCAGAGGCGGAGAAGAUCAGGCAGUACAAUGAGCACCGGCACUCCUAUCCCGACAGCCACCAGCUGCAGAUCGAGGAGCUGGAAGGGCCCGGAAGCCACAAGCCCUCCAUCCUGGAGCCCCUAACUCGGCCCCGUCCCAGAGACAUGGCGUACUCUCCGCUCUCACCUCAGUACCAUAACCUCAGCUACUCCUCCAGUCCUGAGUACUACUGCAAACCACAUCACACCAUCUGGGAGCGCUUCAAACUCCGCGGCAAACGGCACAAAGACGAGGACGAGUACAUGGCUGCAGGGCAUGCGCUACGUAAAAAAGUGCAGUUUGCCAAGGAUGAGGACCUGCAUGACAUUUUAGACUACUGGAAAGGUGUAUCUGCUCAACAGAAAUCUUAAUCUCUCCAAGUAUUUUCUACUGGACCACAACUUUUAGAAAUGACACAGAAACCUUAUAUGUGAAACUCACUAUUGAUUGGAUGGAUACUUCCAUAUUGCGAUCAACUACUUAAACGUAUAUAUAGCAACAUAUUUUGACUGUGAGUAAAAUAGGAAAAUAACCUUGGGAAUGACCUUCUUGGAAAUUACCAUCUUAAAUUUGUCACAUUGUGUAUGGAAUUUAUGGGAAUAAACUGUAAUCUAACGUUUCAAGAAGAAAACAUAUUGCAAAUUAAGAAUAUACAUAUUAUAUGUUGCAAUGGAUUAUAGGUAUUUGGGUAUCGCAUGGCCAAGUCCUGUGACAGUGGAUUUGCUGUUGUGUACUUUGAGAAAAUACUGUAACAAAUAUUGAAAAACAUGUCUACUGAAACCUCAAUAUUUUUUCUUCAAGAACUACUGAACAAUCAUACGAAAAAUAUUUUUUUUCUCCUCACAUAUAUUUAAUUCUACAAUGGAACUAUGUACUGAUACAGUUUCUAUAUCUGCAAUGUUUUAUGUUAAUAAGAUUUUAAAAAAUGAUGUUUGAUUCAGGUUUAGCCCAUGGAUUUCAAAGACAGCUCGUUAUUUGUUUUCUAAUGAUUUCCGUGUCCUAACUGAUAAACAUUACACUGGUCAGAUAAUUGGUAUUAUCUUGCCCAGACCACUUAACUUUCCCUUCCCCUAUUUGCAGCACUUUCACAUAAUACAUUUUAGAGGCCACUAAACAAACUGCACAAUAUUAAAAGGCUGGAGUUUUCUAAAUGUAAUAUCCUACAUAAAACAGUUCAUUGUAUUAUUCUGAUGCUGAUGGUCUGUCUUAGACAUCGGCAUCGUAAGCCAUUAGUCAUAUCUUUAGAACCAAAGUAGAAAAAGCUGAAGAGUUUACAUUUUUUUUCUGCAUGGUCUAAGAAAGUGUUUCCCAACUCCGGUCCUCAAGUACCCCCAACAGCACACAUUUGAGUUGUAGCCCAAGCACAAAAACCCCUGAUUCAACUUGGUCAAGGGCUUGACGAUUAGUUGAUAAGUAGAAUCAGGUGUGGUUGUCUGGAGCUACAACAAAAAGAUGUACAGUUGGGGGUUGGGAAACACAGGUCUUAGAUAUGUGUGAACAUAGUAAAUCAGGUUCCAUAUGCAUUUAAUUUGAAUAUGUUCUACUGUGUUUCAAAGAGCCAAAACAUUUUAAGAGUUACUUUUGUUGAAAGUGUAAUUGACCGUUCACCUAUAUAUUACCAAUAUUUUCCACCGAAGGCAACUUUAGUUUCCCACCUGUUGUUUAGGCAGUUCACAUUCUCUACUGGAAUAUCUGUCCUUAUAGCCCGAUGGAUGAAUGUACAAUAUAGAUGAUGACAUCUGUAUGUGGCAGCUUUUUCAUUUGAUUUCGGAGCAAUUGUUUGCUAUUUACAACCAUAAUCUUGAGUUUCCUUUGUCUCUACUUGGUUUUUCAAUUCAUAUAUUUCCCAUAACUUAUCAUAUUUUGUAUUUGUCUCGGCCAACAAAGUAAAAAAAACAGCAAAGUUGUUGGUUUCACUGAAAGCUCUUGUUGAAGGAUAUUUUCCUAUACUGUGUGGCUGUUAUGGCACUUUUGUAAAUUAGAAGUCACUUAUCAGAGGCAUAUCGACAUGCCUGGGUUAACUAUGAAAUAAUAUCCCAUGAAUGCCUGAACUAAAAUUCUGCCGCUGGAUUUGUACAUUAUCUAUACACUAUUUUUGAGUGGAUACAAGAGGUAACUUGGCUGUCUGAGUUCUUAUUUCAACCGCCUUAAACUUCUGGGAUAUGUGUGCGACUGUCAUUUUCUUCAUUUUUCUUUCAGUGUUGAUAUUGUUGACAAGUCCUUAUUUGAUGUAAUUUUUCUAAAUGCAUUUCAAUAGAUUCCAAGAGCUGUCAGAUUUCUAGAUAAAUUAGCAAGUAAGCUACAUGUUUUUAUAUUGCAUAUUGUAGCACUUCUGUGGCUCAUAAAAGUUAGAAUUGUUGGGAAACCGGUGGAAAAAAACAGUGAAAAGCUGUUGUUUAAGUACACCAGAAACAAACAAGAGCACAAUAAAGUGUUUUUAUUUCAUUUCUUAAUACUAUGUUACCUGCUUUCAGACAAAGUACUGUGAAAUAAAGGGAAGGGUGCACCCAUCAGUA